AUGACUUGUUCUGGAGUGCGUCAACGUUGGAUUAAACAUGCCAAGCUCAUAAGUAGUUGUUAUCCAACUGCACCCGGAGAGACAGGACCGAAGAAAAAUGAGCUAGCAUUACUAGUCUUUUACGCAAAAUCUAAGCCGGCAAAACUUACAAAAUGUGGUUUUUAUCUGGAAAGAAGGGUGGCCGCCGAUGUCCGAAAGCGGAAGAAGCAAGACACUGAAGUUUCCCUAGCGAUAGUCAAGGCGCUCCUAAAUAACUGUAAUAGAGAUAUCAAUUUUUUCUCUCAAAAUAUUCUUCAGAUUAUUGAUGACUGCUUGGGAACAGAAGAUAUUGAUUUGGUGUCUCGUGCUACUGCCUUGUUUCUCACUUUUUGCAAAUAUCAUGACGGUUCUACUCUUGGAAUUGAUAAUGAAUUCACUGCGCUUUAUGAAAACUUGAUCGAUAAGUUUGCUAAAUUUUCUAUGUAUAAACAUGAUACAAACGUUAUUCUCGAACAAAAAUAUCGAUCAUUUGGUCUUAAUGCUAUUCAUGCGGUGGUAUCAUCUGAAGCUUUAUAUGGAUCCGAUUCUAAACAACAAUUAAAAUUCAUUAUCCCUGCAAUAUUAAGUAAUCUUAUUGAUUCAGAAAUUGCCCUAGAAGAUCUGAAAAAAAAUGAUUCCGAUUCCCUUGUUGAAGAAGAUUCUACUCUGCAAUCUCGUCGUUUUUCACUUGAUGUCGAAAACGUGUCAAAAGAGGAGAACACGCGUUUAGCAUUUCAUUCUUUGAAACAGGUGUUCAAAUCGGCGGACCAAACCAAUAUUAACUGGUCGAUUAAACCAACUUUUGAUUUCUUGGAAGAAAAUAAUUUAUGGUGGCCAAACUCAUUUGGCACUACUCUGGUAUCGAUUAUACUAUCAACAUUCCAGGCCCAAGAUAGAUUCUUGCUUGUGACUUAUAUAAUACAGCAAUUAGAAUCGAUACCCAAAGACUCUAGUUCAGCAACCGCAAAACAAGCCACUCUUGUAGAAAUGUUAAAUUUUAUCUUAAAUAGUGACUUGAAUCUUGACAAUCUGUCGAUCGGCGAUGUUCUCGAAGAUUUACUCGAUCUUUCGUUGAAAUUUUUAAGGAUGAGCACUGGCGAAAAGCAUUCAAAUGGGAAUCUAGGCGAGAAAAUGAGUGAUGAAUCAAAUAAUGAAAAUCUAAAUCAUAAAAUAUUGAAUGGGCUUAUAAAGUCAAUAGGUGGACUUGCAACCCACAUCUAUUACGGAACUCAAAUUAAGGAUAUCAUGGAUCGCAUAAUCCAAUUCAUGCGGCUACGCUCGACAAGUGAUACAUCAAUACGUCGCAGCAGCGAAACUAUCUUAUUCGAUGAAGUUUCACCUACAGAAGCUCGUCUGCUGUUAAUACGAUGCCUGGAUAUGGUAAUAGAAACUAAUAGAGAAGCUGCACAGAGAUUCCCAAAUAUAUCAAGGUACCAAGUCCCUGUUGAAAUAUUUCAAGAUACGGUGGAACUAUGUUUGGAUCCCGAGCAUGAAUUGAGAAUCGCAUAUAGUAACGUUUUGACUAAAUUCCUGGAAUAUAAUCUACCAGAAGAGACAAAGGAAAACUUAAUCACACACGACGUGCCAUCUUUGCAUUUUCUCAACUCGCUUCAUUUGUCUCUAUAUCAAUAUGCUCUUUCGUCUAAAGCACAACCUUCUGAUCACGUUGCUAUUUCUGAAAUACUUCACUCUAUUCUGAACUUCUUUAAGUAUGAUCAAAUAAUUAGGGGUGUACCGGUUCUCUUUAAAUUACAGGCAGAUCUAAAAGAAGAGAAAUUGGAAAAUUUUGCCCGACAACGGUCGAUGGCAAGUGUCAUCGUACGCUACUUUUAUGAUAUUUCCAAACUUUUCGGGAUCACUGAGUUACAGCAAUACAUUGAGGAUGUGAUACAGGAGCGCACAAUGAAAUGUCAAUUGUCUCGUUAUAUUCAACCUUUAUCAUCGUUUUCCCCAGACAUCAAAACCGAUCUUACUGCUUCGUUUGACGAAGAAGUAAAUGAAGAAACCGUAAACAAUAAUGAAAAUGGUCCACUUCAACCGGUAGAUGUUUGGCUCGAUCGACAAUCCAUAGUAUCGGUUUUAUGCCAGCACCCAAAACUAAAAAAUGCCGUAGGGUCUGAUCUAGAAUUCAGAUUGAUGGCCGAAUGGAAGCCCGAAGAAGGAUUUGAACAAGUGAAAAAUGAUGAGUAUCGUAUAAGAGUAUCACGACUUCUAGAUGGUCAUAAACCGUCGCUGAGUACUCCUAUUAUCAUGACUUUUGAAGAUAGUUCUACAGAAUUUCCAAAACCUGUAAUAAAAGUUGAACAACUACGGGAUGCACUUGCAGUGUCACAGACGAUAAAUGACUCUUCAGAACAUGAUACCUCCGUAGCUUCAGAUCUGGAAUCUGUCUCUAUGGUGUCACUGGGUGGUAAUACUGGCAAGAAGAAGAAAAAAUCUAAAUCGAAAGAGGUGAAUGCUUUUCUAAGCACUAUUGAUGUGAAAUCUGCGAGGUUUGUUGAGAUUACGAGUAGUUUGGUCAAUCCUCCUUAUCGAAUUUCAUAA